AUGUGGAGACGAAUGUACCUGCUGCUGCUCUUAGUCCGUGUUUACUUCGCGCUCUCGCCCAGCUACUUGCAUCCCGAUGAGAAUUUCCAGGGCCCCGAGGUCUUCGCAGGCCGCAUCUUCUCCUAUCCCUCAUCUCUCACCUGGGAAUUUACCUCCGACCACCCCAUCCGCAGCGUCUUCCCACUAUGGCCAACCUACGAGCUGCCCAUGAGCCUGUUGCAGUGGUUCUACACCGAGAUCGGCACCGGCAACCCACCGCCGCAACUGGUAUACUACGCGCUGCGCGCGGGCAUGUUCCUGCUGAGCUUUGUACUGGAAGACUGGGCGGUCUAUGAGUUGGUGCCUUCGCCCCGCCAUCGCCGCGCGACCGUCGUCCUGGUGGCCUCGUCCUAUGUCACCUGGACGUAUCAGACGCACACCUUCUCCAACUCUCUCGAGACGCUGUUGGUUGCUUGGGGACUAGUGCUGAUUCGGCGCAUUGUUGAGAAUAAGGUGAUUAUUCUUGUACGCGUAAAUACUCGUCCUUUUUUCCUACGCCGUGCUCUCGUUCAUCGCCGUCGUGGGCGUGUUCAACCGCAUCACCUUCCCGGCUUUUCUGCUGUUUCCCGGCUUGCAAUUGCUGCCGCAUUUUCGGCGCAAGUGAGUUUUGCUUGGAUGGUUUGGUGGUGCCAGGCUAAUUCACGGUUUAACUAUAGACCCUCCUCCUUAGCCGUCUUCCUCGCGUUUGGAUUUUUCUUCACCUCGAUAGCUAUAUUCACUGACACGGCAUUCUACCGUCCCACGGCCUCCUUUCUUGACAUUAUCCGCUCGCCCAUCAUCACUCCGCUCAAUAAUCUCCUCUACAACACUGACCCAUCCAAUCUCGCUGUCCAUGGCCUCCACCCACGCCACCAACACUUCGUCGCCAACCUCUUCCAAUUGCUCGGCCCAGCCUACAUCGUGAUGAUCACCUCAUUAUUCAGUUGGCCGCUCGUGCCAUCCUGGAUGCGCAAUGUGCGUGCCCUGUCCGCCCUCUCCGCCACGGUCUUGCUAUCCCUAUUCCCGCAUCAGGAACCACGCUUCCUUCUGCCCUGCGUCCCGCUCCUCCUCAGCUGCAUCCGCCUGCGCAGGUCGCGGCUCCUGCUCGCCGUGUGGGUGGUCUUCAACGCCGUGAUGGGGUUUCUCAUGGGCGUCUACCACCAGGGCGGAAUUGUACCCACGCAACUGGCCAUGCGCUCCAUCGUCGAGAACACCAUUGCCUCCCCGCAUUCCGGCGUCGAUGUCUUCUGGUGGAAGACCUACUCCCCGCCGCUGUGGCUCCUCGGCAACAAGCCCUCCAACGCCUCCGCCGAUAUCACAACCCAUGACCUGAUGGGCAUCCCCGGUCUGGAGAUGAUCACCCGUCUCGACAACGUCGUCCCCGCCUGCUCAAAACCUACCUCUGUCUUCCUGGUAGCUCCCGCCUCAGCGACUUUCCUCGAUCCAUAUGCUAUCUCCGCGGCGCUCCGCUCCCCAAACCUGGAGCUCCUCCCACUCUGGCUAUACCGCAAACACUUAAACCUGGAUGACCUCGACUUCGGCGAUGAUGGCAUCGUCGCUACAUUGAAGAGAGUCAUCGGACGUCGUGGUCUGCGCGUUUGGGCUGUGCGGAGGGUGUGUUCUCGUUAA